UUCAUUUUCAAGGAAAUCGUAUGUGUAUAUGGUAAAAAUUGUUAAGCGAUAAAUAAGUUGGAAAAAAGGUUUCGUUGGCCACAAAAACGAAACUUUGUCGAAAUAACUACCAGCCUUGAGAGACAAAGAAACCAUUUUUAAUUUUUUUUUCACUGAUACCAAUCUUUGCGGACAUUAAAAGUGAACUAAUUCUAUUCGCAAUAUGGAUAAAUUUAGUCUUGUGAAACAUCGUUCCGAUGUCAUAGUUGGUGGAAAGUACCGACUAAGUCGGAAAAUUGGAAGUGGUUCAUUUGGAGACAUCUAUUUGGGCAUCAGCAUACAAAGUGGUGAAGAAGUCGCCGUUAAAAUGGAAAGCACUUCCGCACGUCAUCCUCAAUUGCAAUAUGAAGCGAAAUUGUAUCGCAUUCUAAGUGGUGGUGUGGGUAUUCCACGUAUACGUCAUCAUGGAAAAGAGAAAAAUUUCCAUAUUCUUGUUAUGGAUUUAUUGGGGCCAUCAUUGGAGGAUUUAUUUAAUUUUUGCACUCGCCACUUUACUAUUAAAACGGUGUUGAUGUUGGUCGAUCAAAUGAUUGGACGCUUGGAGUUUAUUCAUUUAAAAUGCUUCAUACAUCGUGAUAUUAAACCGGAUAACUUCCUUAUGGGAAUCGGUCGUCAUUGCAAUAAAUUGUUUUUAAUAGAUUUUGGUUUAGCCAAAAAGUAUCGUGAUCCCCAAAGCCGAGUUCAUAUACCAUAUCGUGAAGAUAAAAAUUUGACAGGUACAGCUCGUUACGCCUCGAUCAAUGCCCAUCUUGGUAUUGAGCAAUCUCGAAGAGAUGAUAUGGAAUCUUUGGGUUAUGUUAUGAUGUAUUUUAAUCGUGGUGUGUUGCCAUGGCAGGGAAUGAAAGCCAAUAACAAGCAACAAAAAUACGAAAAGAUUUCGGAGAAAAAGAUGUCGACUCCUAUCGAAGUUUUAUGCAAAGGUUUUCCAGCAGAAUUUUCAAUGUAUUUAAAUUAUUGCCGCAGCCUACGUUUUGACGAGCAGCCAGAUUAUAUGUAUCUUCGACAAUUAUUCAGAAUAUUAUUCCGUACAUUAAAUCAUCAAUAUGAUUAUAUCUACGAUUGGACAAUGCUGAAACAGAAAAAUCAUCAAAGCCAGCCGAAUCCGGCUCUUAUCUUGGGACAGGCUGAGCCUCGCAAUGACCGUGAACGAGAAAGAGAAAAAGAGAAGGAGAAGGCAAGUGGCAAAACAAUGCUGUCUGAAUAAAUGUUGUUGUCAUUAAUGGUAAAAAUAGUAUAAAUGUAAUUUUGAAUUCACAUCAAAUCACACGCUAUUAUAAAAAAAAGGAUUAAAUUUGCAUUAUAAAUAACGCUGCAAAUAAAUUUUGCAUCAACAUUCAAAUGAAAAAUUUAUAUAUAAUUACGAUUAUUAUUAAUACGAACAAUAUUGAAUUAUAUCAAUAAAUGCUAACUGUGUUGAAGUUGAAAAUAAAGGUAAAUAGAAGAAUAAAACAAACAACAGAUAUAUAUAUAUGUCUUCGGAAUCCAUAAAAUGUAACAAA